UGACCCUUCAUUGCAAUGAAUAGUGGAGGGCACUGGGGCGAACGAAAGUGAUUUCAGUUUCUCUCAGCAGCUGAGUCGUCGCUGCCGUUAUGGCCGCCACGUCAGAAAGGCCGAGAGGGGCGUGGUCAUGGUACCUCUCGGAGCCGGUCCCGGGGGGCAGAACUCCGACUUCCGGAAAUGUCUCCCGGCCCUGGCCGGAAGCCGUCGUCCCAGCCCCUCGGCGUCCCUAGCGACGGCGAAGGAGGGACUGAGACGCAAGAGCGUUGGAAUUCGAAGUGGUUUUGGACGUGGCCGCAGCUUCUGGUGGCUGCGGGGGGAGUCUGGGAAGGUUCAGCAUCCGGAGCGUGUUCUCUGCUGCACUGACGCUUAUUUUUAACAAAGUGAUGAAGGAUGCGGCCAUAUCACUUCUCUGCUAGCCCGCCGAAAGCAGUUUAGCCCGCGCCAUGUUUGCUUUGUAUAAUCUCGAACCUCUCAAAUACCUAUCCAUUUUCCACAACGAUAGCGGUGUCAGGAAACGGAACAGUUUCUUUGGCUUCUCACCUUCCCGGCCAUCCUUGGAUACUGACCCCGCGAAACGGCCACUUUGCCUCUGUAUGUCAGAUAUUCAAAGAUGGCCGCCCCCAUUGAGCCAUGGCGAUUAGGGCGCGGACAUAUUGCCGCCUAAGAAGCUGCCGGAAAUCCGGUUGUCGGUUCUCCUACUCUCUGAUAUCCUUGUCGGCCGCCGUAGGCGGGUGAGGAAUCUGCGUGAACCGUACUGAGUAGGAACUGUUCGCGGAAGUAAGAAAAACGUUUAGGAUCUCCUUCUGGGUUGGACGAAAAUCAGCCCACAGGUCCUAACUUCCCCCCUGGAGCAAGAGAAUCAAGUGAAAAGAGGAGGAGGAAAUUCCAGGAUUUGGGUAUCUUCAUUUCUAGGGACACACUUGACUGGAGACUAAGAUUUCUUUCCAGAAAUUAGAGCAGAUCCAGAAGAAACGACGACAGAGCAUCUCAGCUACUGGCCAUUGCCUGAGAACAGAAGAAAAUGAUCAAUGCCCAGGAAUUGCUGACGUUGGAGGACGUGGCUGUGCAGUUCACCUGGGAGGAGUGGCAGCUGCUGGGCCCUGCUCAGAAGGACUUGUUCCUGGACGUGAUGUUGGAGAACUAUAGCAACCUGGUGUCGCUGGGUUAUCAAAUUAGCAAACCAGUUGUACUCUCUAAGUUGGAACGAGGUGAACAACCAUGGACGAUAAGAGAAGAAAUCCAUCGUGGGUCUCAUGCAGAAAUCUGGAAAGUUGAUGAUCAUCAGCUGACAGACUUGCAAAAUGAAAGCAUGAUAUAUGGAAUGGAACAAUGCCAUGAGCAUAAUGCAUUUGAAAAUAUUGCUCAUCGGAGCAAUACUCAUUUUUCUUCAAGGCAAAAUCAUGAUGUGUCUCAUUUACAUGGAAAAACUGUGAAUUCACAUUUAACGUUAGUCAACCAGUGCAGAAGCUAUAAAACAAAGAACUCUGCUGAGUUUAAUUCAGAUGGGAAGUCAUUUCUCCACGCUAACCAUGAACAAUUUCAUACUAAAAUUAAAUUUCCUGAAAAUCAAAAACCCAUUGGUACUAAGUCCCAAUUUAUUAAGCAUCAGAAAACCCACAAAAUAGAGAAACCUCAUGUGUGUAGUGAAUGUGGGAAAGCCUUCACCAAGAAGUCUUGGCUCACUGAUCAUCAGAUCAUUCAUACAGGAGAAAAACCUCAUAGAUGCAGUUUAUGUGGGAAAGCAUUUUCCAGAAAGUUCAUGCUCACUGAACAUCAGAGAACUCAUACAGGAGAAAAACCUUACGAAUGCACUGAAUGUGGCAAAGCCUUUCUCAAGAAAUCGCGGCUCAAUAUACAUCAGAAAACUCACACAGGAGAAAAGCCUUAUAUAUGUAGUGAAUGUGGAAAAGGCUUCAUCCAGAAGGGAAAUCUGAUUGUGCAUCAACGAAUUCAUACAGGCGAGAAACCUUACAUAUGCAAUGAAUGUGGAAAAGGCUUCAUCCAGAAGUCAUGCCUUAUAGGACAUCAGCGGUUUCACACAGGAAAGACUCCCUUUGUAUGCAGUGAAUGUGGUAAGUCUUGCUCCCAGAAGUCAGGUCUCAUUAAACAUCAAAGAAUUCACACAGGAGAGAAACCCUUUGAAUGCGGGGAAUGUGGGAAAGCCUUUACCACAAAGCAAAAGCUCAUUGUACAUCAAAGAAGUCAUACAGGAGAGAGACCCUAUGGCUGCAAGGAGUGUGGGAAAGCUUUUGCCUACAUGUCUUGCCUUGUUAAACAUAAGAGAAUACACACAAGAGAGAAAUGUAUAGAUUCGGCAAAGGUAGAAGAUCCUUCCACAGAGAAACACGGUUCAUUGCAUACCAGUGAUCUCAGGCAGGAGAAAAACUCUGCUAAUACAGUGACUGUGCAGCUGCCUUCAGUGACCCCUCAGACAUCAUUAAACAUCAGUGGGCUUCUGGCAAAUAGGAAUGUCAUUCUCGUGGGACAGCCUGUUGCUGGAUGUGCACCCUCAGGAGAAAACAGAGAGUUUGCCCAGGAAAGAAAUGUAACAAAUGCCGUGAAUGUGGUAGUGCCUUCAGUAAUCAAUUAUGUCUUAUUUUACGUCACAGAAAACUGUAGGUAAAACUCAGAUACAUUCAAUGUGGAAAAGGUUUACUAGCUCAUAUGGCUGAAAAGUGUAUACUGAGAGAAAUUGUGUGAACACAAAGACUGGGAAAGCCUCACACACUCAUCCUCUGUAAAUAAAUGCAUUUAUACAGAGACAUAAUCCGAUGUUAACCCAAACACAUAAACAUCAUUUGCUCUGUGGUGCCAAUUAAAUGAAUGAACAAAGUCUUGAGUUCAUCUAAGUGGAGGAGAUAAACACUGUGAAUUUAUAAAACUGAUAAGGUAAUUGAUAACCAGAAUGUUGCUAUAAAUGGAAAACCACAUAGGAUGUGGUUGGUGGGAAAGGGGCAAUACUGAAUUGGUGGAAUUUAGAGCACAUACGUAUCAAUUCAGUUUCCUCAGACCAGUGCAAAGGAUUAAUUGAAAACUGGAAUGUGUACCUUAAACUUUUAGACUCUGUAUUAUGCAGAGGGACCUCUGGAGCAGUAGCCUCAUAUUUAGUCCAUUCAUUCAUUUAAUUAAUAUUUGUCAAAUACUUCCAUUGGACUUGGUCCUGUUCCAGAGGCUGAGGAUACAGUGAUGAACAAACAGAACAAACCCAUGCUGUCCUGAAGAGGACUUUGAGUUAUUUGGAUUAUGUUUAAGUGGUAUCUUUAUAGUUCAGCUAGUCUAGUCAGAGGAGUUAAGUGUCUACACCAGGUGCAGAGGACAUGGAGUGAUUGGUUUAAGAUUUGGUUAGAAUUUAUAGGAGUUAGAUAAUCCUAAAAAAUUCUUUUGAUAAUUUCUUGUUCAAGGGGCAUAUAUUAUUAUUUCAAGGGUCAGGGAAAGGACUUCUAAUGGUACUUAAGCACCCUAGGACAUAAACAAGUUAUUUUUUUAAUACCCAAGAAGAUUAUAAAUAUCUUGAUCAUUUGGGUGACUAUUUAAAUUUUAACAUUUGAAAAAUUAGAAUCACAUAAAAUUUAAAAUUCAGUUCCUCAGAAACACUAGCCACAUUUCAAGUGCUGAGUAGUCAUAUGUGAUUACUAGCUAUGGAACUGGACCACACAGAAAGAGAGCAAAACUUUUCAGCUCAUUAUAUGGCUGGAAAGCAUAUACUGAGAGAUGUCUCCAUCAUCAUUUCCAUCAUCCCAGGAAAUUAUGUUGGAGAGCACUGGUUUACUUGAUUUUAUAUUCCCCAGAAAUAUAAAAUCAAAAGUGAUUAUAUAUUGAAAAAUAAAUACAGAAAAAUAAAACUAUA